AAAAAGUAAACUAUUUCAGACCUUUAGUUUUAAAAUCUCAUAUCACAUAUUAGAUCUGUUUCAAUUCACAUUCCUGGUAUUGGUGGAGAUCCUAGUUCAGGCAGCAUUUUCUGUUGACUCCAUCAGUAUUGACAGUUUUUCCUGUGGAUUUAGACCAGGGGAAGGACAACCGUGUCAGAAAGCAAAAGUCUGGUGCAAGCCUCAAAAAGUGAAAGUUUAAAGACCGAAGAAACAAGUUCCUGCUUCACCUAAAUGUACAAAGUCCCGAACUGUUACAUUUUUUCCUGUUUAUUUGUGUUUGUUUUGUGAAAUGCCGUAUUUUAAAGGUUCUAAGAUGACAUCAAUGGUAAGGUGCUAAGAGCAAACAUGGUGAGUUUUUCUUAACCUGACUGAUUAAUUUCCAUAUUUAUUUAAAAAAACACGAGAAAAGAGCAGAAAUGAGAAAUAAAUAUACAAAAUGCAUACUAAAGGUAACCCCAAACUACUUUUACAAUUUGAUUUAAAAUUAUAUUUUUAUAUUCUACAGUUUAAUAUCUAAUAUAGUAUUAUUACAAUUAUUUUGUUAAUGCGUAACUGUUAGUAAAUAUAAAAUGUUUUUGUAUUCCAUCGCGUUAUACAUUACUGUGCCUUCCAUUGUAUCAUCAACAUCAAGUUCCUUUAUCGUAGUCUUUAUAUUUUAUUAUGUGCAGUUUCUGGCGGAACCGUUUAAAGAUUAAAUACAUUUAAUUGGUUCACAGAAUAAUAAUUGAAACAUUUUUUAACUUUAAUUCUUCAGACCACCUUAAAAAUGUUGGCCCCGCCUAUCAUGUUUUUCUGCCGCCUCUGAUUGGCCGAAAUCACAUACAUGGAAGUGGCUGCAGAAAUGAAAAACUUGUUGCUGGAUCUACUGGACGCCUGUGUAUCCUUACACUUAGUCAGUCCCCUAGAGCAGAGCAGCAGCGAAGUGUUUGCGCGUGUCAGACUGGUCCGUGUGUGGAUCUUUUCUAUUCACCGAGUGCGUGCCUUGCGCUCUUUACGCACGGCAGCAGAGUUAUUAACCGGUAAAACGGACGGGUUUUAAGCACGCUUAACAGAAGAUCUUUUUGUUUAAAACAAAGAAUUGACGCACUGAAACAUCAAAAAGGCAGCGGGUAAAGGAUGAUUCCAAGUCGUUGUAUCGGCGUGGAGCUCGGGUAGAACAGUGCAGUGGGCGCCGCCAGCUCCGCCGCGCACCAGGCUCUAGCCGCGCCAAGGACGGACGCUCCGGUUCUUCUGUGGAUCCGUGGACAUUUUCUCGCAUUAUAUAAUUUUCAGGAAAGUUGGUGUUUUAUGUAAAGGAUUUUUAAAAUUUAUAUAUAAUCUGGGCCGCAGAGGUUAUGUUUUUCUAAUUCUACGGCUCCAAUUUGGACUUUCUUCUUGUUUCCACUAUGGGACCUUAUUCAGAAACUCGCUCUGGAACAUUCAACAUUGGACUGGAAUAAUGAAUUAUAAAUAAUUCCCACUUCACUUCUCCAGUUGUCCCUCUUGUUUACUGCGAGUUGUUUUGCGUCUUGAAGAAAUUGCCACAUCGAAACUUUGGACAAUUAAAACCUCUUCACGAAAAUGAAACGAACCAUUUUUAAUUAUUAAUUAGCAUAUUAAAGACAAAACUCAAAGGAAGAGCAACUUUGAAGCUUAGAAAUCAAGAACAUUUUUCUGUGCGUAAUUUGGACGCAGCCUGUCUCUCCCCUUUUCUUCUACACGUCUUUGGAUAAGUUAUAUACCAAAAACGCAAUUGAGUUGCUACAAUGAAAACGUAAACGACAGAAAACUGGCAAAUUGGCCGUCAUGUGGGAUUAAUCGCCAGGGAGUAUGUUUGGGCUGGAGCAGUUUGGUUCUCAGAUUCAGAGCAAAACCCCUGGCCAGUCAGAGAGAAAUAUAAACCAAGCACGACUGAACAUGGGAUCCCACUAUAAAAACCCAGGUUUUCACGCCGGGACCCCACAAGGAACGGUGGAGCCUGGCAUGGGCCCCAUGGGUGAGCCGCAGAUGCUGGGUCUCAACAUGAACAUGAAUGGAGAGCAGUAUGGAGGUUUUCACCCUGCACGGGGCCACACGGACAUGCAUGCAGGCAGUGCACUCCAACAACAGCAGCAGCAACAGCAAGGACCCAUGCAUGGAUUUUUUAGCAAUCAACAACCUCACCAAGGACACCCUCAUGGCAACCAACCUCACCCCCACCAACAUCAUCCGCAUUUUGCUGGGAAUUUUGGAGGCCCAGAGCCCGGGUCUUCAUGCCUGCAUGGUGGCAGGUUAAUGGGUUUUAGUAACAAUGGCAUCGGACCACAGCAGGGCUUUGGAGAAGGAUUUGAUCCUCUGGCUGAGGGGCAGACAGGAGAUGGCUUCCCCCAGCAGCAGCAACAGCAGCAGCAGCAGCAGCCACCACAGCAGCAGCGAGCUGGUAACAUGCCUGAUUUUCAACAUCACGGGCCUCCCAGUGGGAGCCAUGCUGUCCCUGCCCCCUGUCUCCCUCUGGAUCAAUCUCCCAACAGAGCAGCCUCCUUUCAUGGUGUCCCUUCUUCCUCCUCCUCUGACUCUCACAGCCUGGAAUCAAGGCGGAUGCCAAACCAAGGAGGUGUUGAAGGAUUAGAGUAUAAUUUUCCAGGUGAACCGCCAUCUGGACAUUUUGAUGUACCUGUCUUUUCCCCAUCAGAAUCAGAUUCUCAGUUGUCCCACUUUGGCCCUGGAAGACCAGUUCCAGGUCCAAAUUUCCCUGGAAACACUGGCAUGCCACGGACACCAGGUAUGCAGGGCAUGUCUAAGGGACACCAGCCUCCACCACAACAGCCUCAGCAUGGAAUGUUUUUUGAGCGUUUUGGAAAUGGACGAAAGGUGCCCGUGGGAAUAGACCCGGGUGUCAAUACCAGACAUUCUCUCAUGCAGCAGCAACAGGCUGGCCUUAUAGCCAGACAGAACUCCUGCCCUCCAGGACUCCCCCGACCCCCUCAAGCUGAGCCCGGCUCUACUAACCCCAACAUUUUGGAUGGUGGGGUCAUGAUGCCUGGCCAACACAACCAAUUUGAAUAUCCCAUUCACAGACUAGAAAAUAGGGGUUUGCACCCCUAUGGGGACCCAAUGUUUAAUAUGCAACAGCCUGCUCCUCCUCCCUCCCAACAGCCCCCAAAUCAGAGGCUCCAACACUUUGACUCCCCCUAUAUGAAUAUGGCAAAAAGGCCCCGAUUUGACUUUCCUAAUACACAUGGUGGUGAUGGCUGGUGUACCGGCAUGGAUAACCACCUUUCUCCGUCCUCAUAUCCUGGCAUGCCUGCAGAAUUCACCCCACCUGUUAGUGAAGGUUUUCCACCGGGUCCCCUGCAGCACCCGGGGCCUGAGCAGCAGUCUCUGCAGCAGCGCCAGAACGCAGCCAUGAUGAUAAAACAGAUGGCCUCACGGAACCAGCAGCAGAGGAUGAGGCAGCCUAGCUUGCAGCAACUAGGACAUCAUGGCGAAGUACCUCCUGGCCCCAUGGCUCACGGAGGUCCGGUGGGUGGCAUGCAUCCGUCCGGCUUCGACCGGGAAAACAGUGGCAGGAUGCCUAACAUAGAUGGACAAAAUCCUCAUGUUGCCCAAGAGAACUCUUGGUUUCAAGGUUCCCACCCACAAGGAGAGAUGAUGUCACGACGUAUGGUUGGUGCAGGAAACGAAUCUGGACCCCAUGACAUGGGGCUACAGCAGAAUGGCACCGGCAUGAUGUUUAGGCCAGGCAUGGGUAUGCAGGAGCCCAUGAGAAUACCAGGAGAUGGGCAUGUACCAGCCCUACAUUCCCCAGGCAUGCACUCACAGUUUGGAGGCAACAUGGGUAACCUCUCACAGAUGCAGUCUCCUGGAGCCGGAGCGGGUCAUCCAAACGCACCAUCAGAGCGAAGGCCGGCUGAUUUUCCUGCACCGCCCAUGGCAACACAGCCCAACUUUCCCUAUGGGGGAACUAAUCGUCAAGGAUCGGCCCACAGCGCUCCUCAAGGGGUGAGCACCUCACCUGGGAGCUAUCCUCCCCAGUCUGAGUUCCCCGCAGGCCCACGGUCCAAUGUGAGUAAGCUAGGAUCUCUGUCUCUUGGGAACUUUAGCAAACCCAACACUAAGGACAGUGUUUUUGGGCAGAGCUGCCUUGCAGCCCUUUCCACGGCCUGCCAGAACAUGAUCGCCAGCCUAGGGGCCCCCAACCUCAAUGUAACGUUCAAUAAAAAGAACCAAAAUGAGGGCAAACGAAAACUGAGUCAGACAGAGCAGGAUAUUAAUAGCAGCACAUCUAAUGGGACAGGCAGUGCUGGUCCUGAAUAUUUUCAGAACGCCACUUCCCAGAACAGCCAGAUUCCUGGCACCGGGAAUAGCAACUCUGCUAAGCCUGCAAGUCAAAGUCAGACGGUGCAGGGGGAAGCCAGUGCCCUCUCCCCAAACUACAACAUGGAUGCUACCCCGUGCAGUGAGGGGAAAGCGACAACAGGGAGUGGGAGAGGGAGAGGCAGGAGAAAAAGAGACAGUGGACAUGUAAGCCCUGGGAUUUUUUUUUCUUCUGACAAUGGUAACCCUGUUGUAAGUCCAGGCCAGCAGGCCCCCUCAGCUGGCAUUGGGGAGAGGGGUGGGGGCACACCCCAUGAGAAACACCUCCAAUCUCCCUCCUGGGGCAAAGGAGGUGAACUAAUGUUGGGGGACCAGGCCGACCUGAUGUCUUCUCUGGACAGUGGCAUUCAGAGUGUCACUAAGUCCAACAGUAACUCACCACGGGUGGACUUUCCUGAAGAUGUGAGCACCCACUUUGUCAACGAGGAUGAGGUGUCAUCCAGCUCGGACGCUGGAGGGGCCUUAGCUACAAAGCCCAAUCGCAGCCCAUUGAUCACUGGCUCGCCUAAAAUGCAGAGAAGUGACCACGGGUUAGUAAACGGACAGAAGCCUCUCAAUAUCGGCAUUAACAAUCACACUACCUCAACACCUGAUAGCUAUGGACUGAACAGCAGCAGUGGGGGCACAGGGGCCAAUGGGAUCAGUCACCCAGGCACCCCGGGAGUGGAGCAGGUACGUACUCCAUCCAGCACCUCAGGCCAGGAAGAAAUUCAUCCCCUGGAGAUUCUGCAGGCCCAGAUUCAGCUGCAGCGGCAACAGUUUAGUAUCUCUGAGGACCAGCCUCUGGCCUUGAAGAAUGGCAAGAAGAGUGGGGAGAACGGAGAUGGCGAGCUCGGGGGCUGUAGUCCAGACUCUGGAAAGAAUUCCAUGGGCACUAUUGAUCUGGACACUCUCAUGGCAGAGCAGCACGCCACCUGGUACGUGCCCAGCGACAAGACCAUGAUGGAUGGGUCAGAGGAUGACAAGACGAUGGGACCCUGGGAAAAAAACAAGGGCCAAAACUGUGGCAAAGAAGAAUCAGAGCAGGGUCAGAAUAAGAAUGGAGCAGCAGCCACAGGAGCCAAUGGAGGUGGAGGAGGAAACAGUGGAGGAAACCACCUGCAGUGCCUCUCUGUCCACUGCACAGACGAGCUGGGGGACAGUAAGGGCCGAGGAGGCUCCGUCUCCUCGUGGCGCUCCCUCCACUCUGACAUCUCUAACAGAUUUGGGACGUUUGUGGCUGCACUGACUUAAACUCUGGAAACAAACAAACUGAAAAAACAACAAGAAGGAGAAAAGGUCAUGAAAUGAAGAAGGAACAAAAGACAGAGAGACAUAAAAACAGGACUACUAUGAUGAUGAGAAGGAGGAUGACGAUGAUGAUGAGGAUGAUGAUGGCAAGGAUGGGGAUGAGGAAGCCUAUCUGUGUGCCUGUUCAGGGAGAGAAAGACGCCCAGAAAUGCAAGCAAACAAAGAGACACACUCACAGUAAAGACAAAAACACUCGUGCAAAUAAAUAAUCAUUUUGACACAUGAACUCUCAGACCCUCACAGACACUCUUUGAUCCUCACACACAUUAAUUCACACAGAAACACACAAUCUCUCUCACACACACACACACACACACACACUGCUGGGCAACAUACAAAACCCGGGCUCGACUCACUGAUGCCCCUUACAAACCUCAACUCAAUAAUUAUUCUUUAUAAUUUUUUUUAUUUUUUUGCGUUGAAGAACGAGAACGAAAGAAAAAGCCUGAAACGAUAACAAGCAGAAGAGAAGCUGCAACUUAGCUCUAAGGUGGACACAGUGUGCCGUCCACCAACGUAACUGUCAAAAAUGUGCUUGUUUUAGUUUCAAGUGACUCUAGAGCCAGUGAGAGGCAGACCUCGGGUACAGCUUGACUAACUCAUGUUUUCAUUUAAAAAACAUGCUUCAGACACAUCCACAGUCACACUUUUAUUUCCAAAACUUCAUGCUAAUCUUGAGGAUUUGAAACUGAGCAACUGAGUAACAAAAACCAAAACAGUGAUCAAAAAGGGACUCACUCCAGCGUCUGAAGUGAUUUUGUGUCGAAACAGAGAAACUGUUCCAAAAACCAGACCCAUUUUCUUUGGACUGUGAAAAAUUCUUAUUAUUGUGAAGAUCUGAUGUUAAGCCUAAACCAACCGACCAAUGUAAACUGUUUUUACCAUGAACAGUUCCAACAAAUGUUGUUGUCAGUAUAUACUAUAAUACCUAAGGUCAAACACACACUGCCUUGGCUAACAAAGGACCAGCUGGGGGUUAGACCUGGCUGGAGUGUGAUCUACAUUAUAGAUAUAAGUUGAAGACCUAGUCUAGACCAACAGGGUCUUCUUGUUACCUGGUCUAACAACGCAGUGCUCUGGAAAAGUUUGACUUGUUGCCCACAGUCUGAUCAUUCAAAUGUAGUCGUGUGGAUGAAGAGAUUUUUUUAUUUUCCAUGUUAAAUUUUUCCCCAGUUUGAACAAACAAAUUGUUUUCUCAAAUCAUUUUCUUGUCUAAUCAUUUUCUUCGAAUUCUCUCUUUUGUUAAAACGGCCAUAAUUGUUGUUUCUCUUCUCAGCUAGACCACUUGUGAAAAAUUCAUCCAACAGGAAGUGGAAUCAGAGGUGGAGGGAAGGUUUAAUACGGGGAUUAAGGGAAAAGAGACUAUUGUUAUUGCACAUGUAUAAUAAGAGAAACUUUGCUGUGUGUUAGGCAAUCUUGUAAUCUUUAAAUAAAGCUUCGGUUGAAUUUGAAUUUCUGAAACAGUAGGAGGAGGACUAUGAUGGCAACAACUGAGUUUUGUUUUCUUUCUUUUCUUUUUUAAUAAUAUGUAAAGUGCAGUUGUCUGUUUUCCUGCAUAUUGUAUAUAUCUGUAUAUGUUUUAUUGAGUAACUAAAUAACAAUAAAUAUGAUGUUAAAGGUGA